CAGAAACGAAUCUGUUCAGGAAUCUCGAAUGAAUUAGCAGCUACAUGCUUCAGGAACGAUGCUUUUCUCGGCGCUUCUUACUUCGGUCGGAAUCAAUCUCGGCCUCUGCGCUGUCUUCUCCCUCCUGUUCUCCGUCUUGAGGAAGCAGCCCGGCAAUGCGGACGUUUACGCCCCGCGGUUCCUUGCCGAGGGGGAAUCUCAGGGGACAUCUCGAUUCGAACUUGACAGGUUGUUUCCGUCCGCCGGCUGGGUUGCCAGAGCCUGGAGCGUCUCCGACGACGAGCUCUUAUCAGUUUCCGGUCUGGACGCUGUGGUUUUCAUGCGGAUUUUUGUAUUCGGAUUUAAGGUGUUUUCAUUUGCUACAGCAGUUGGGGUCCUCCUUCUCCUUCCCUUCAAUUACAUGGGGAAUCAGCUCAGUCUUGACUUUACUGACCUGCCAAACAAAUCAUUGGAGUCAUUCACUAUUUCAAAUGUUGAUGACGGGUCAAAGAGGUUAUGGAUCCACUUCUCUGCGGUGUAUGUAUUCACGGUGUUUGUUUGCUAUCUUCUCUAUGCUGAGUAUGACCAUAUUUCAUCUAAAAGGCUUGCCUGUUUCAAUUCAUCAAAACCUAAGCCUCAUCAAUUUACGGUUUUAGUUCGAAGUAUUCCAGCAUUGCCAGGGAAAAGCUACAGUGAAGUUAUUGAGAGCUUCUUUAUGGAAUACUAUCCUUCUGCAUAUCUCUCACACUCUGUUGUUCGCCGGAGUAGCAAGCUCAAAGGCCUCAUUAAUGAAGCUGAUAAGGUGUGCCGAAAGCUGACCCACUUGAAAACACUAGACCAUAGUCAAGAGAGGUUCGGGCGUGCUGGCUUUUUGGGGCUCUUUGGCCCUAAAGUUGAUCUUUUGGGCCACUAUGAAAAGAAGCUAGAAGAUAUAGAUUACAAUGUCAGAUUGGAACGAUCUUCAAAGGAGGUGGCAGCAGCCUUUGUGUCUUUCAAAACACGAUUUGGAGCCGCAGUGGCUUUACACAUCCGGCAAGGCAUGAAGCCCACAGAAUGGACUACCGAGCCAUCUCCAGAUCCAGAUGAUGUAUAUUGGCCCUUCUUUUCCGCAUCAUUUUUCAAAAGAUGGUUUUGCAAUGUUGCUGUUUAUGCUGCGUGUGCCGUUCUCAUAGUUCUGUUCCUUAUACCUGUUCUCAUAGUGCAAGGUCUUACCCAUCUGGAACAGCUUGAGAUUUGGUUCCCUUUUCUAAAAGGUGUAUUGCGACUAGAAUUUGUUAGUGAAGUGGUUACAGGAUAUCUUCCUAGUCUCAUUCUUCAGAUGUUUCUCUCUUUAGUGCCACCUACCAUGAUACUCUUCUCAUCCAUACAAGGUUAUAUUGCACUGAGUCAGAUAGAAAGAAGUGCAUGCUUCAAAGUUCUAUGGUUUAUGAUUUGGAAUAUCUUCUUUGCAAAUGUUUUAUCUGGAUCGGUUCUUUACCGUUUUCAAGUGUUUCUUGAGCUCAAGAACAUUCCUAGCAUGUUGGCUGUAGCUGUUCCAGGUCAGGCAACUUUCUUCAUUGCAUAUGUUGUGACAUCUGGAUGGACCAACACCGCCUCUGAGCUUCUUCAGCUAAACCCGCUUUUUCUGAGUUUUUUUAAGAAGAGAUUUUGCAACGCAUCAAGUGAAGAGUUUGAUGUCCCAUCAAUACCAUACCACAGAGAAAUUCCACGGCUUCUUUUAUUUGGCCUUCUUGGUGUAACAUAUUUCUUUCUAGCACCCCUAAUCUUGCCAUUUAUUGUGAUAUUCUACUGUAUCGGAUAUGUUGUUUAUCGCCACCAGCUCGUAAAUGUAUAUGCACCCAAGUUUGAGACGGGAGGACAAUUUUGGCCUAUAGUGCACGAUUCGACAAUAUUUUCAUUGAUACUUAUGCAUCUUAUUGCAAUUGGGAUAUUUGGGUUGAAGAAACUUUCACUCGCUUCCAGCUUAACCAUCCCUCUUCCAAUCCUCACUCUUAUAUUCAAUAGCUACUGCCGGAGAAGGUUCUUACCGAUAUUCAUGGCUUAUUCAGCUGAGAGUUUAAUAAGCAAGGACAGAAGUGAUCAAAAUGACCCUUCAACCUCUGCAUUUUAUGAAGAACUAAAAACAGCCUAUCAAGACCCAUCUCUAAUGCCUAUCCCUUAUCCCAGAAACUACGACAACAGCCAAACGGCUCCCCUCCUUCAUACACCAUAGGGCCAUGCGUUAAAAGAACUGUCCGGUCGGUUCUGGGUGGGGCCCUCAUCGAUGACGGGGCACAUCUUUUUUUUUAAAUUUUUUUUAUUGAAGUCAUGUAUAGUUAACAUAGUCCCAACUUGUGUGCUUGCUUUCUCUGUGUACUAACUAUACACACUUGUAAAGUAUUGUUAUUUCUUUGACCAAGGUCUCAAGUUG